AUGGCUGCAGUCAAAGUUUUGCCUCUGCGGCUGCCUCCUUUACCUAGCAUCAAAGAUGUCAUUAGAUUGUAUAAACUGCGUGCGCUUAGGGAACUUUCUCAAAAUUUUCUCAUGGAACCGAGGUUGAUAGAUAAAAUAGUACGCGCAGCGGGUGAUAUUCAGAACCAUGUUGUUUGCGAAGUGGGCCCCGGUCCAGGUGGUAUCACGCGGUCGAUAAUCCAUCGAGCGCCGCGAAAAGUCGUUCUAAUCGAGAAAGAUCCUCGAUUUGUUCCUUCUUUAGAACUGUUAGCUGAUGCAUGUAAAGGCAAAGUGGAUGUAGACAUUAUCACUGGAGAUGUUUUGAAAACUGAUCUUGCACAUUUCAUACCAUCGGAUGUAAAAACUGAUUGGCAUGAUCCUCCUCCACCAGUGAAUUUAAUUGGAAAUUUACCAUUUAGUGUGUCUACCAUAUUGAUUAUUAGAUGGCUGGAAAUGAUGUCUAGACGAGAAGGACCAUGGUCUUUUGGUCGUACUAGAAUGACACUUACAUUUCAAAAGGAAGUUGCUGAACGGAUGGCUGCUCAGCUCAUGGACAAACAACGGUGUAGACUAUCCGUUAUGUGUCAGUCUUGGUGUACAGUGAACUACAAAUUUGAUAUUCCAGGUUCAGCAUUUGUACCAAAACCAAAUGUUGAUGUUGGAGUAGUAACACUAACUCCUUUGAAAUAUCCAUUGGUCAAGCAGCCUUUCAAGAUGGUAGAAAAAGUAAUACGGCAAAUAUUUAACAUGCGGCAGAAGUACUCGAUCAGGGGGGCUCAGACGUUAUUCCCUGAAGAAGUGCGUGAAGAGAUGGCCCUGAGAAUGUACAAAAUGGCUGAUAUUGAUCCUAUAACACGUCCAUUUCAAAUUGCGAAUACUGAAUUUGCUAGGAUUUGCGAUGCAUACAGUGAGAUUAUCAAGAAAUAUCCAGAAUUUGAGCACUAUGAUUACAGAGCACCUAAAAACAAAAAUCCUGACCCACAGCCUGAAGAGGCAGAUAUGGAAACUGAUUUUGUUGUAAAUAAAAUGUAGUUGAUACGAUACUGUUAAUUAUAAAAAAAUAUAAUGUUGUUUAGUUUAGAA